CCCCGGCAUUUAGUUUGCAUUUAUUCGGACGCGGUCGCAUUGCCCGCCGCGCACCACACCGGCACACGCACCGCGCACCACACGCUCGCGCUAUCGCCGCCGCCGCACGGCUCAGUCCACUCGACGGCACUGCUGCGUGCUGUGGUCAUUCCGGCACUCGCGGCCAUCGCCUACGUACGCGCGACGCUCGUCGUCCGUCCGCCGCUCGCUCGCUCCGAUAAUAUUAUUAUUAUCGCCGUGUACCAUCGAACACUUUAUGUCUCAUAAAAUAAGAUAAAAGUAUACGCACGUACUUAUUUUUUUUUGUUUUUAAUUUUAUUUWUUUUUGGUUUUAUUAUUUUUGAACUAUUUUUUUUUGUCGCGAAUAAUCAUAUACCACGGUCACUCAUGACGAUACGCGAAAUUAAUUAUAUUUCGUGGACACGAUAAGUCAGUUCGUUUCGUUUCUUUUUUUUUAAAACUGCGAUUCGAUUUUCAGAUAUACACUGUAUUAUCUGAUUUAUGAAAUUUAUUUCCUGUACACUGUAAUUAUGUGAACUUUGCGGUUGAAAAAUGAUCGACUUCCGACUUCCAGCCUACGUUUUUCCGGCGUACCGACCACCGUCAUCGGUGUUCAUAUGAGGAAAAAAAUUUCGUAACCAACGUGGUGAAACCGCCAAGAUUACGUUCACCAUGAGGAUUAAAAUGCCCGCAGUUCGUAUCGCACAAGCGGAUACGGACUCGACACACAGUACCGGAGGCACCGAUCAGGUUGACCUGCUAACGUGCGGUCAGUGUCAGAGAGUUUUCCUGUUGUCGGACAUAUGUCGGUUCGUACAGCACAAGAUGAUCGGUUGCAGCAAAGACCCGCUGACUGCCAACUGCAACAGUGGCAGUGGCGACGACUGCGCCGGGCCACCAGGGCCUCCACAGCCGCCACUCGACAAUGGUCUGUCGGUGGGCAAGUCGAAGUCACACCACCGAUCUCAGUCACCAUCGGGUUCUGACGACCACCACCAUCAUAAUCAUCAUCACAGGCGACCACCGCCGUCCAGCACGCCUAAGCGGACGUCCGAUCGAAACAACGGCGGUGAAGACGGUAAUGCGAGUUCCGAGGACGAAAAGUCCAGCACCACUGCCACCGCCACCUCCAAGGGUGGACGGGUAAAACAGGGAUCCGAGUCAUCUGAGGACUUGGGGUACAAAAAGUCAAACCGCUCGGCGUUAUCCUGCGUCGAUGCCGAAUCCAACACUACCAACUCAGAGCCCAGCAGUUUCAUAUGUUGCACGUGCAAAGCGAGAUUCAAUUCGUCAUGGAGGCUUUUGCAGCACGCUCAGACCUCACACUCGAUGAAGAUCUACUCGGACGGCACACCAUCGCCAGUGUCGCAGUCAAAAAACAACUCAUCAUGUUCUUCGUUAGGAUCGUCUGGGUGCUCGAGUGGAAACACUUCAUCGUUGCCUGGCAUGUCGGCACUGCCACUGGCCCUGGGCAUGCCUCCUUCACGGAUGAACAUUCUCAACCAUCCACCACCACCGCCGCCGCCGCCCACGAGUACAGGGCCGCCGUCGAUGGUUGACAACAACCCUAUGUCCAUACCUAUGCAUAACCCUUUUGCUGUUGGAGGCUUGCUUAGGAUGCCGAUGGGCGAGCCUCCUCAGCGUCCGUCCCCAUUCCCCGGGACGUCUCCCAUCGGCAAUCCACAGUUGUUCGGGCGGACGUCCACCCAUCACCAAGACCAUCAGUUCCGCAUGGAGCAGCUAAUGUCCGAACAGUUUAGGCUCAACCAGCAGCAGCAUGGGCUGGGUUUCGCCGUGGCGGUGGCCGCGGCAAACGCCAUGCCCAMAUCACCGUUCCCGGGGCUUGCUGCUGCUGCCGCAGCCAACGACCGGAACAAUCCUAGACACCCAGCGCCAACGUUACCGGCCCUAAAUCUCGAUCCGCAGAUGGAUUUUUACUCGCAGCGAUUGCGGCAACUCGCAGGUACCACUAGUCCUGGAGCUGCUACUGCACCAAGUUCGUCGCCUUCGCCGCGAAAAAUGACGCCACCUUUUAGCAGCCCCAACAACAAUAACAACCACAUCAACAACAGUGUGUCGGCAACGGCAGCCGUGACCACGACUCCGCUGACAAACACUACCACCGCAGCAGCGGUUACUGUCGGCUUAAACAACAACAAMAACAAUAACAAUAACGUGAGCAACAAUAAUUCGGUCGAGUCACUAUCUGAACAAGACCGGAUCAUCGGCGAUACGUCCAGACACACGCUUGACCUGUCGUCAAACGCAUCUAAGGACAAGGCCUGCCUAGACGUAAUAAGUCAACCACAGCAGAUCGGCGAGGAGGAGAAGACCCGCGAGUGUGAGUACUGUGGAAAGAAGUUCCGGUUCCUGAGCAAUUUAAUUGUGCACAGGCGUACGCACACCGGAGAAAAGCCGUACAAGUGUUCGGUGUGUGACCACGCGUGUACACAAAGCUCCAAGCUAAAGAGACACAUGAAGACGCACCGCCGGUCGAAUCGGGGAAACGGGCUGGCCGGUGGCGAGUGUGGGACGACUGCCAAUGGGGUGGAUACGAGCUCGACACCGGACAUAACAUCCAACGAUGAUGACGAGGAUGAUUCUGAAAUGGACGAAGACGAGGCGGAAAUCGAGGAAGAGGAUGACGGUGAUGAGGAUGAUGCCGACGAGGACGACGGUGACGAUGAUGAUGAAGAGGAAGAGGAGGAGGAAGAGGAAGACAUGGAGCUAGAGGAUGAGGAUAAUGAGGAAAAUGAUGAAGGUGGCGAUGUGCCAGAGGACUUGACCACUAAGUCGACGUCAUCAGCUGAACACGACAAAAAGCCAAGUGGCAACGGUUCCACUCGUACAUCGCCCGAAAACACACCUGGUGACCGGGUGCCGCAAUCACUGCCGCCAAGCUCUCUAGUUGGCGAGCUCAUGAGCAAGUUUGGCUUGAGCAACAUCCAACAGUAUAGCGAAGCGUACAAGCAGGCGCUCAAAGAGUCUUCGGCAUUGCUGCCGCCGCAGUUUCGGAUCCGUCGGAAGGAUAACUUCCGGCUUUCACCAUCCAUCAUACCAGACAACAAUAACAGUUCAGCAAAGUCGGCGAACCCGUUGCGAAACCUGGAGAACGGACUCGGCGAUAAGGCGGUGGCGGACAUCCGGUUCCGUGAGGAGCUUACCAAGAACCUGAUCGCAGCCGGCCAGAACCCGCUCGAUCUAGUUGGUGCGCACCACAUCUUCGGUCCGGGUUCCGCUUUCGAGAACCCUUUCGACCCGGCCUCCAAGAGGCUGAAACUUGACACCGACAACCCACACCACCCGCUACUUGCUAGGGAACGGCUUUACGCGGCUAACAUGUGGCUUCCAGCUAUUGCCGCGCACCACCGAGGCGAGUCAUUCUUGAGCGGACUUCCAGGAAAACCACCGUCAGCCGGAAGCGGUGCCGGGGAACCGGGUAGUGGUGGCGGUAGUGGUGGCCGUUCGAAACCUGGUCCCAGUUCGCUGUCGGCAGCGCUUAACCUGCAGGGACUUCAGGGUGGACACUCCAAGAAAGAGUCGCGGCGCAAUGACACGUGCGAAUACUGCGGCAAGGUGUUCAAAAACUGCAGCAACCUGACUGUACACCGACGAUCACAUACGGGCGAAAAACCGUACAAGUGUGAGCUGUGCUCGUACGCAUGCGCACAGAGCUCCAAGCUGACCAGGCAUAUGAAAACGCACGGUCGCCUGGGUAAGGACGUCUAUCGGUGCCGAUUUUGCGAGAUGCCAUUCUCGGUGCCGUCCACGCUCGAGAAACACAUGCGCAAGUGCGUCGUUAACCAGAACAUCAAGCUAGAAGGCAGCCAGUACAUCAAGAUGGAUGACGGUUCCAAGACCGAAUCUGGCGGUGGUUAUAUUCUGCCGCCGUCUUCUAUGGCAGACGACGAGUCAUACAGCAGUUCAGUCGUUUCGAAAGACAACACAUGACUCUUCCCCUGGAGGGGUUUCAGUCCCCUCCCCGUACAGAGUACGACUAUAUACUGAUAUGGCGGAGUUUAUAUAAAUGAAUCGAAGAAUCGACAAAAAAAAAUAUAAUGUAAAUGGCACAUAUUAAAUCUCUUACACGACACAUAGGUAUGAUAUGUAAGUGUGUUAUGAAAUUUAUAUAUAUAUAUAUAUAGAUAAUUUACAAAAUACAAAUAGAUCUCGAAUAACAUAUUAUUAUAUACCUAUAAUGAUAAUAUUUUGUUUUAAACGUGCAGUUUUAUGUUUUUCUUUAGUUACCGUUUCACUAUAAAUAUUUCUUGAAAAAAAUCUUUACUUUUAUUAUAAACCUAUACACAUAAAGUACGUUCUAUCGUGUGCCGCUGAAAUCCAUCUAUGUCUGGUGUAAAUACGGCUUGUUUUAAUUUAAUUUAUUAUAUAUAUAUAUAAUAUAUAUUUUUUAACCUUCCCUUAUCUGUUCGUAUAAGACUAUAUAUUUUAUACCCACGAUUAAACGGCAUAAUAUCGAUUCGCUCAAAACAUUAUUAUAAAUAACGUACCAUUCCACAUGAUGCCUACCUAUACUAUAUACAUACCGUAUACAUAAUGACUGUUUUCUGACCGAUUUUUCGUUCAUUGUACAGUUAAUAACUUUUUUUUCCUUUUUGAACUGAAUUUUUUUCACGGUGAUUCUGUUUCAUUCCUACAUUCCCGAGAGAUCAUCAUGAGUUCCACACCCAAGACUGCAUUUUUAUAGAAUUUGCAUAAUCAUUGUUAAAGUUUUCCAACCGUUUUAUACGUAUACAUAUGUUUAUACCGAGUGGAUGUGUGAUUAUAUUGUGAUUGGAAAACAAUUGUGGUAAUAAUAAUUUUAUUAACACUAUACAAUUUUAAUCUCGAUAGACAUUCCCGGAAAAAUUGUAAUAUAAAU